ACUGCAAGCCUGGCUGGAAAUUUUGCCUUCACGUCACCCUCAUGCCAAGGAAUGAUUUAGAAAGGCCACAAGGGAUAUUUUUUGCAGGAGUGGUCACUCUCUGAAUCCAGGCAAGGAAGGGGAGGAGUCUGAGCCGUGUCCCGCCCCUUCUCCGGUGAACUUCUGUCGUUCCAGCUUUGGCGGCAGUAGCGGCUGCACACCCGAGCUUUCCCCAUGGUUUCGGUGACCAGAUCCGUGUUUGGAGACCUGCCCUUGGGGGCAGGGACAGUGGAGAAGUUCCAGCUGGAGUCAGACCUACUGAGAGUGGAUAUCAUCUCCUGGGGCUGCACCAUCACGGCCCUGGAGGUCAAAGACAGGCAGGGCAGAGCCUCAGAUGUGGUGCUCGGCUUUGCCGAGUUGGAAGGGUACUUCCAAAAGCAGCCCUACUUUGGAGCAGUGGUUGGCAGGGUGGCCAACCGAAUUGCCAAAGGAACAUUCACGUUGGACGGGAAGGAGUAUAAGCUGCCCAUUAACAACGGGCCCAACAGUCUACAUGGAGGAAUCAGAGGCUUUGAUAAGGUCCUCUGGACCCCCCAGGUGCUGUCAAAUGGCGUCCAGUUCUCUCGGGUCAGUGCAGAUGGUGAGGAAGGUUACCCUGGAGAGUUAAAAGUCUGGGUGACAUACACGCUGGAUGGCGGGGAGCUUGUGGUCAACUAUCGAGCCCAGGCCAGUCAGACCACACCAGUCAAUCUGACCAACCAUUCUUAUUUCAAUCUGGCAGGCCAGGCUUGUCCCCUCAUGGUCGCAAGAUGGUUGCCACAGCUCCAGGAAUCACCUCUUCAUAUAGUCACAGCCAGAAACAAAAUAGGACCUAUCCCUUUUUUCACAUCUCUAAUGUUCCAUUUUUAAGAACAAGCAAAACUUUUCCCAGAAGCUCCCCCAGCAGACUUUCCCUCACAUUUCAUUGGCCGAAAGUGUCUUAUGCCCUGCUUAACUCAAUCACCAGCAAGGGAAUUAGACCAGCAUGAUUAGCUUGGACCAAUCAAAAUUUGCCCUCUGGGGCGAGGGAGGGGGUCCUUUCCCUGAAUAUACAGCCUUGGGAUAAAUCAACAAGUCAGUGUUCUGCCAGAGGAAAGGGAGGGCACUGAUAAAGGAGUUGAUAUGGCUUUUGAGUAGUAACCAAUAGUAUCUGUUAUAUCCUGCUAGAGGUGAUAAGAGCUGAAUUAAGGCAGUGCUAGUGGCAAUGUACAAAAAGGUCUUUAAGGCCCCAUGCAAGCCACAACA